UUCAAAACAUUUCAAUCCAAACACGAUUGGUUCUUGUCUUCUUCCCAACGUGAAAUGAACGAAAGCUGGACACAAGAACCUAAGAAGUCAUCAGUGAUCAAACGCAUGUAUUAAGAUACUACAUUUUUCAAGCAUAUUUUUAGCCAAUGGUAUGAAAAAGGAAUCAAAAGGGCAUUUAACAACUCAUGCACCUGCGUACCUUUGCUUAAUUUUUCUUGGACGGCGGUAUAUGAUGGUUCACAAUGUUAUUCUUUAAUCUGCUGCAAUCAGCUUUCAAACAUGCACAUUUUUUCACAUCACCAAUUUGAACUUUAAAUGACUAAAAAAUAGUGUCCUGUUGUAGGUUGCAUUCUCACUUCAAGCAUUUUUGGUCAUUCGAGCCUAACUCUCUAUUUUGUGAAGAAGGAAAAAAAAAAAAAAAAAAAAAAGGGAGAGUGGCCCAUUAUUAAGAAUUUAUUAUUCAAUAUUUGCACUCUGAAUUGCAUACACUUUUACGAAAAAUUUAUAUAUUUGGUAACAAAGCAACACCUAAUUCACCUCUUAUCUUGAACCUUAGGGCAUACGAUAGAAUAACCUGAUACAUAUAAAUCCUCGUAGUGAAAAUUGUGUAGGAGAAGGCUUGCAUUAUCCUCUAAAGAACCAAAUUGGCCUAUCUUCCUCGUUGCUACCUACCAAAACCACCUUAACCACCAAGUCCGUGACCAAUCUAACAUGGAGAUAAACUUUAUAAGGCACUGCCCCAAUUUCAGGCUAGAACAAUUCCGCCAGUCCUUCGUACUCACUCUGCUCGAAACCCGCAAAAGAGAUCAGCAUCUUUUGAACCCAACAGUCAUUGACUCAUUCCGAGGUUAUCUUGAAGAGGUGAAUGUCAAGUCCAAGGCCAUCCCGGGCUCUGUCCUCAUUACCACCGCUCAGGGUGGCUUAUUCUGCGGAGGAUUCGACUUCAGGUAUGCCCGGUCCCAUGCGGGAGGCUCAGUGGAUAGAGCAUUCAAAGAAAUGACUGAUGGUUUUAAGGAUGUAGUAAAAGACUUGCUUUCCCUUCCGAUGCCCACCAUAGCAGCAAUUAAUGGCGAUGCAACAGAGGCAGGGCUGAUGCUUGCUCUCAGCCACGACCAUCUCACAAUGAGGCAAGUCGAUGGGCCGUAUCUGCGAGCUGAGCUUUUGUCCAGGAAAAGGAGCUACCCCGGCUACUUCGCUGCCCUGAUCAGGUCAAAAGUAGGCUGCCCUUUGGCUCGUCGUAAAUUGCUGUUGAGUGACGAGCAGAUUGAUGCCGAAGCAGCAGCAAAGAUCGGACUUCUGGAUUGGAACCAUGAGGUUGCAAGUGAGAAGGAUGCCUUGGAAGUUGCAAAGACACAGGCAGACGAGCUAGCGAAAAAGGAAUGGAAUGGCGAGCUUUAUGCUGAGAUGAGACAACUUUUGUAUCCCGAGCUGUGCAAGGAAUUGGAAUUGACUUCUAGCCAUGAUUGUUAAACUCCCGAUUCUUCUGUUACGGUCUUAAGAUUGUAAUAGUAAUACUAGUAAUAGCUAGUACCAUAAUAAAACUUACCGGUUUGGGAUCGCAUAUGCUUUGUGGUAUACAUUCAGCUUUCUCUUACUAUUGGAAUAAUAAAUAAUGAAUAUGUUGU